GGGGGAAUAUCGCCACUGAGCAAACGAGAACACUGAACGGAGAGCAUGAAGAGGCGGCGGAUGUCCAAAAGUGUUCUCUUAAUUCUUCAUCACGGAGUUGGGAAAGGUGUAUGAUUUUGCAUCAGACAUGACAUCAAGCAUAAUUCUGUGACGGGUAGGCGUUGCGAUUUUGAGACGCUGAACGAUGGCAAGUAAACUACAUCGUACUCGCUGGCGCUCCGUCCCACGACUCUCAUGUCCUAACUUCUCCUGUGCUGGCUACCUGACUAUUGAGAAACGCUGGUUCUCCGUGUACAGACCCCUCUCGGCGAAAAAUCAAAAAAACUUAUGUCCCUUCAAAAGACGCUCGUCCUCUCCUUUCUUGUCUUCGAUUUGCUUUGCAGCGAUAUUGCUCCGUUCGAGAAAGCGCGCGACAACCCCCUGACCCGAGCCCCACGUGGAAUCAGGCAUGGUCCCGCCUUGCGGGAGC